GGGGCGACCUCGUGUGGCCUCCUUCUCGAUCGGAGAGUUCGGUAUUCAUGAUAGACAGGUGCAUAUCAAAGAGCAAGACAGACGGCGGAUCUUCAGCUCGAACUCCUCUAUUUCUUAUCCCGUUUCGCAUUUAAAGAGCGCAGAGUAAAUAACUCGUUCGCGUGUAAACGCUGAAGCCGAGAACCUGAGAAGGAACGAAUCAGCGGUGCGCAUUUCCAGCCGGGAUUGUUUACCUGUAGCUCCGGGAACAGGCUAGCUGGCUGCUACUGCUGCCGUUUCUCGUUUUUACAGACAAAAUCAACUCGUGCCGGCAUUUUUAGGUCCGCACGUUAUCUGCUUAACCUUUGGUUUGUGGUUGGGGUCAGUUUCCUCCAUUAGAAAGCACUAAGCCUCAGCAGCAACCGGGAACAAUGGAGCCUGCCUGUCGAAAGGAUAAGCAAAAGCAGAAAGAGACCCCGACACGAGGUGACCGAGCUAAACAGAAAUCUGCUCAGCAGGAGCUCAAGCAGAGACAGAGGGCAGAGAUCUACGCCCUGAAUAAAGUAAUGACAGAACUUGAGCAGCAGCAGUUUGAGGCCUUUUGCAAGCAGAUGCAGUCACAAACAGAAUGAAGAUGGGACCAUGUUCAGACUGGACGGACCCAGCUGAAGCUGAACCUGACUUGAGCUAAGUUCCUGUAGAAGUAUCCAGCUUUGUAGUCUACCCCUAGGAUCUGUAUUCACAAAGCAAUUUCAAGUCCCCCCCAAUAUGCCUUUACCACUAUGUGGUUAAAAAAGCAACACCAAUCCAUAAAUCCCAGCCUAGAACUCUUUGUGAAUGUGUUAUUGACGUUACUACCUGUGUAUGUCGUCUGAUAAUCUGUCUGUUUGAUCACACUAAUGCAUCUUACACCGUAGUCAUCACAAGAAGAGUCAAUCGAGUGUGUGUGUGUGUGUGUUGCAUGGUUUCAGGGCAAAGUGCUUAGAUUAGACUGAAUGGACAAUCAAUGAUCAGGUGCAGCUAUCAGUAUUUACAAUAGUGUUAUAGAAAGUUUUUUUUCUUUCUUUUUAAAAAAUGAACAAAUUAUUUAUUUCAUAAAUUGUGGAAGCAACAUCCUACGAUAGUAAAAGAGGAUCAAAUAUGAAAUGAUAAUGUUGGUGCUAUGUGUCAAUCCAUAUGUUAUAAAAAAAUAUAUAUAUAUUCUGUAACAUCUCAUUGUCACCCCUGAUGAAAAGCUGAUUAGCACACCAGUUGUGACAGAUUUUGUAAUGUCAGUUUUAUUUUUCAGACUUGUAUCCUCUUGGUUUUAAACACUUUAUAUUAAUUCUUUGUAUGACUUUUACUCCAUUUACAAUGAUCUGAGGACAACAAGAAAUAUGUCAUUCACUUGGCUGUAUUACUCACUUGUCAAUGAUUGUCUGUCAACCACUAAUGACCACUAAUAUUUUUGUGUAAUGUUUUUAAUAAAUGCAUAUUUUGAACAAUA